AUGGAGGAGAUUGAGAACGAGAACAAAAUGCUUCGUGACCAAAUGAAAGAGCAUCAGGAAAGGGUAGACAAAAUACCAGGCGCCCCACAACUUUUACCAAAAAGGGACGCCGGCCGGUUCGUUGAGCAAUCGUACAGUGAAGAAGCUGCACCACACGCCAUACCUAAGACCUUCAAAAUGCCGCCGUACUUGAAAAUAUACGAUGGCACGAUGGACCCUGAGGAUCAUGUGACCCACUAUGUCACCGCAGUAAAAGGCAACGACCUCGCCAAAGAACAAGUGUCUUCCAUAUUACUGAAGAAGUUUGGCGAAACCCUCACCGGGGGAGCGCUAACUUGGUAUUCACAGCCGCCUGCACACUCAAUUGAAACAUUAGAAGAAAUGUCCGACAAGUUUGUGACUGCCCAUGCCGGGGCUAAGAAAGCGGAGGCGAGGGUGAAUGAUAUAUUUUCCAUUAAACAAUCACCCGGUGAAGGACUAAGAUAUUUCCUCACUCGAUUCAACCGUGUGAGGAUGACCUUACCAAAUGUAUCAGAGGCAAUGACAGUAGCAGCGUUCCAAAACGGGUUAAACAGAAACGGUUCGAGGGCUACCGGAAAAUUGUUAAGCCGACUCAUGAAAUAUCCUCCAACCACUUGGGAAGAGAUACACAAUGCUUGUUGUGCCGAAGUACGAGCUGACGAGGACGACCUCAACGGGCCAACUCAACGGCUAACCUCAGUCCAAAUGGAGCCCAGGAAAGACCGAAGAAAUGACAACAGAAAGGACCGUGCGAGGCCCGUGACUCAACCGUGA